CCGCCAGCACCUCGCUGCUGCAUCGGACCAUUCAAGUUUAUGCGCUGCCGAUGAAGCGAGAGGGCGAGAGAGAUGGGAACGGCGCGGUCUAUCUGCGAUCAACAGUAGCGAGGGCUGCAUGUGACAGGCGGCAGACUUACUCCGCUAACUAUAACAACACACAGCGGCCUCUGCGCCGGGACAGAAGACCCACACAGCAGCAGAGACACACAGCAGCAGAGACACACAGCAGCAGACGCACAGAGAGACGAGACGCAGAAAGAGAGAGAGGAGACGCCUGGAUUCUUAUCCGCAGCAGUAUCUCGUGCAAACAUUCGAGGCUCGCACUCCCGACUAGAUUGUGCACGCGCCCUCGUCAUCAUCAUCAUCACCUGCACACACGACUUGUUACGCAUUCACUCGAGGCACGCCACGUGUGUCUGCUGUCGUGUCGGCUCUCUUGUUCGCUGCAGAGCAGUGGCGGUGGAAGUAGCGGGCUGAUUCGCAGCGAGUGGCACUGGCCGAGCGAGCAGGAGAACAGCGGGAACACGCGCGCCCACGUAUACUAGAUGCACACGAGGCCACGCGCGCGUCGUCUGACGCACACGUAGCGCAGGUGUCGAGUUGGCGGUCGCUGAGUGAUGAGUCGACGGGAGUCCGCCACUGCGUCACCAUGGUCUUCAGCUUCGUCGCCUUCUGCUACAUGCUAGCCCUCGUGCUCUGCUCCGCUCUGCUGUUCUUCGCCGUGUGGAGGAUCGCUGCUUAUGAUGAGCUCUGGAGAGAGAGCAAUGCAGCGUCCGACCAAACGGACUGCAUCACCAAGCUGGAGCGGGAGAGGAAGAUUGAAAAGCUCUGCCGAAUGCUGAUGAAGCUGGCGCUACCCGAGUACUUCAUCCACUGCCUCUUCUGCGUGAUGUUCCUGUGCGCUCUGGAGUGGCUGGCCCUUGCUGUCAACCUCCCCUUGUUCUGCUAUCACAGCUGGAGGUUCAUGCAGAGCCCGGGCAAGCAAUCAGCGGCGGACGCCACGCACGACCCCGGCACGGCGACACAAGCCGAGGUGCUGGCGUACUGCCGCCGAGAGGGCUGGUGCAAGCUGGGCUUCUACCUGCUCUCCUACUUCUACUACCUGUACAACAUGGUCUACAACAUGAUGAGUCCCGCGUAGAGGACUCGCUCAUGGGCCGUGCUCCGGCUCGUCGAUGGCUCGACAAAGACUCCCAGGGACGGUGCAACGUCAGAAGAAGACGUGGAGCAAGAGAGAGAGGGGGAGAGAGGGGGGGGGGAGAGGAAGCGGCGUCUUCCUGUGGCGAACAUCCUUCAGACUCCUCCCGCUCGCACGCACCGGGCCGGCGGUGACGACUAUCCCUUCAGCUCCUCCACCCGCACCUCGCUCGUCCAUGUCCGACUCUUCCAACGUGGCUUGAGGGAUGACGCCGAAGUUGUCGGUGGCUUCGCUGGACUUCCACGCGGCGUUUUCCACCGCCUGUGUGGACGACGGCAUGGGGUGGAGCGCUUUCUCGCCACGCGCGUCGACCUGCAGCCUGGCGUCUUGUCCGUGAGUGGCCCCGGCCUGCCGACAGACAGCUCGUGCCAGCUUGGAGCCGAGUGCCGUCUCGGCUGGGAGAACUUGAAGGCCGAGGCGCAACUUCUUUUCACAGGGGUCCCCUUGAGCUGCUUGGAUCCAUUCGACUUUUCCUAAAUCUGUGUAGUCCUGGUGCCGCCACCGCGUGCAUAGUGACAGCGCACACGAAGCAACUUCUUAUUUAAGCAGCUGACGGCCUGCAGAGAUUCAUCAUCUCACGGGUGGGGACCCGAUGGGCCAUGGCCGUGUCACUCCACACGGCCCACGGUCAGGCGAAGAGGCCUACAACUUGUAAACAGCCCGCAAACAAUACUCACAAACAUUACUCACAAACAAUACUCACACACAAUACUCACAAACAUUACUCACAAACAAUACUCACAAACAAUACUCACACACAUUACUCACAAACAAUACUCACACACAAUACUCACAAACAAUACUCACACACAAUACUCACACACAAUACUCACAAACAUUACUCACAAACAUUACUCACAAACAAUACUUACUUAAUUGGGUACUCGGGCGGGUGGGGUCAAUGUUUUGAACCUGCUACUAACACCGUGUCUCUAAUGUUAGCGCGCUCAUUCACCUGUAAAGUUCACCCAGAAUCGUUUGCACAUUAUUAUUGAAUAGCUCUAAGCUGUGUGUGUCGAUGUGUGGUUCCACGGUGUUGUGUCUCAAAGUCCGAUGUUGUCCACAGUCAGGAAAGGAUUCCCCGCCCCCGGUGUGAGUUCAUCUAUCCGCAGACCAAACCUGGACACGUUUCUCAUCGAUACCAAACCGAUGCAUUCAUUGUGACAGCAAUAAAGUUGAACGCUAUACCGGCAGAUAUCGGUCACAAACGAUCCUUGCCACCUUAACACAGACGCCAGUUCGCAGGAUGUCAGGGUCCAAGCUGGACAGGUGGCAACCUUCGCGCGUGCCCAUGUGAGCCAUCAACCUCUCCGUGUGAGCUCACAAUACAAAAGUGAACGGCUCGGCGAGUGAUUCGAGACAUAUCCCUCCUUCAGAGCAGAAAGGGGGCACAGGAGCGCUAUCUUGUGUGAAGUUGCAUAUUGCACAUCAUGUCAACUGCAUCGCUCUACGAGUCCACUUCAUAGACGAUGUCCAAGGCACCUUCAAGCUGUGUGAGCCGUCACUCGUUCUGGAUGGGUCGUUAGCAGCGUUGUGAACCUGACGACCCAAGUUCAAUUCCUGGCCUUGGCUAAUAUCCGUGGCGUGAACUGGGCCUGGCCCACCACCCCUACCCCACCGUUCACCAACCAACAUUGACGAGUAUGGUGAAGUAUGGUCAAACAACCCCACGAUGGACACAGUUCUGGGAGGCCUUCAUCGAACAGUGGAUUGAGAAAGGGCUAAAAAUAAUUUUUAGUUGGUUAGGAAAAAAACUGUCAAUUUCAUUAAAAAUAAAUUCGUGUGACGUUUCUGCAAAUGUUUUAAGACAACACAGGGUAAAUAAAGUGUUAUCCCCAACUAUAAGUCAAUCUCUUUGCCCUCUCUGAACUAUGAAAAGGUACGUCGGCCGAAACGUUAACCUUUCUCUGUUGUAAGGCGUUGUUAGGGCGCCGCGGUGGCUAGGAGAUGUUAACUCCCUCGCCUGGUACACAGGAGGUCGUGGGUUCAAUCCCGACCCUGACGCCUGCUGCUGUAUACUUGGAGUCUGCGUCUCUCUCUCUCUCCCCCCGUGGUCGCGGGGAGUUUUUCUCCGGCUCCUCCGGUUUCCCCCUCCACGUUGAUAAUCAACAUUGAGAAUGAACAUUGAGAAUGAACAUUGAGAAUGAACAUUGAGAAUGAACAUUGAGAUUGAACAUUGAGAAUGAACAUUGAGAUUGAACAUUCAGAGUCUUUGGCUGCGAUACGUGUCCACUUGUGAUGAGAAGCCGCUUCGUCGAGCUUUCACUUGCCAUGGCCACGUCGCUUCUGAGAAGGCGCUAUUCAGCUCAGUGGCCCUUACCUGGCCAAAUACAAAUAGUUUAUAGUUUUUAAUGCGGAAGGCGGUGAGUUUUAUUUGUGUUUAAACUUGUGCUUGCAGACUUCAUUGCCAUAGCCGGUACCUCUGCUUUGUUUUGAUUUCUCUGCGUGCAGCCGCCCUGUCUGCUCUGUCUCUUACGGGAUGGGUUUUACUUUGACUAAAUGAAGUGAAACACAUCUUCGACCGGUCACAACGUGUAAGCACACAAGACGCUCCAUGGCGCCACUGAGCGCCACACGUGGCGUGGACUGCACCGAGGUUGGCACAGCGAGUGGCAGGCACAGUCAGUGCGCCUGCGAGUCAGCUCGGUCAGUCAACGCUGGGCACCUGCUGGGUCUGCUCCGUCACCUUCUCCUGGCGGGUCUUCGACACUUUGACACGUGGCCUCAAAGUGCACCUAGCCUGGCACAAGCGCCGUGGUGACGUCACCGUCCCUUUGUGGUGAACGACGGUUGGUGUUGUUGUGUACCGGGGUGGCUUUCCCGUUUAGCAACACGUAGCUGUGCACAUUUAUAUUCGGGCUGCAACUAAUGAGUAAUUGCAUACAUCACUCACAUUCCUCCGUAGUCGAUCGUGAAUCGAGCAGAAGUUAACGACGCUUGUGUUCAUUUUGA